AUGAAUGUCAGAUCAGGUAUGGCACCUCCACCUGGUGUACUUGCUCCUCCUCCAGGCGGUCUACAACAAAUGAAUCGCUUUGCUCCACAACAAGCACCAACGGGUGCACCAGGACAGCCAGGACUGUCACAGAACGUCCGUUCCUCAGGGCCUGCUGGCAAUAUGAUGCCAAUGAAUAUGCCAAACAUACCACCAUCACUGUCAAACAUGCCUAAUAUGCCACCUCAAAUGAGUAUGGCAUCGAUGAUGAAUGCAAUGUCACAGAUGGGAAUGGGCAAUCAACAACAGCAACAACCACAAGCCAAUGUACAACCUCACAACAUGAUGCCACAGAUGAGAGGCAACAUCCCACCACAACAACAGCAGCAGCAACAACAACAGCAGCAGAAUGUGAUUCGUGGCGGCGCUGCUCCUCAGCAGCAACAGGCACGCGGACUCAACACACCACUACAGAACACACCAAUGACAAUGUCAGCCCAACUACAGAGUCUGAACCAAAUGGCUAGCCGAGCGGGCAUGCCACAACAGCUGAUCCCUCCAUCAUACUCUUCACAGUCCUUUGGCGCGGCUGGUCAAUCUCAACCACCAAAGGGAAUGAACAUUAAACCCGACGACCUGUACGACAACCUCAACGAGUUCCCCGCACUGGGCGGAUCCAAGGUGCAUCAAAAGCAACAGCAUCAGCAACAGCAACAGCAUCAUCAACAGCAGCAACAACUACACCAAUCAGAGGACCAGAAAGAUCUCUAUCAAAAGUCACAACAGGGCGUUCAACAACAACAACAGAUACAACCACAACAGACUCUUACACAACAACAACAACAGCAACAACAAAGGAACCUAACGACAUCUGGUCCAAAGGAUGACAGUAACAAGCUACUGUUGAAAGAUCCCAACCACAAGUAUGGACUACUGGGACUGCUGAGUACCAUCAAGACGCAGGAUGUUGACGUCAGUACGCUCACUAUUGGUAUUGAUCUGACAUGUCUAGGACUCAACUUAAACUCUGCUUCUGAUCUGAGUAUACAAUUUGGAUCACCAUGGUAUGACGUACCUGUACCAAGGAAACCAGAGUAUUACCUUCCGACAUGUUACUCAACGCCGGGACUCGAGUCCCCAUCGUUCAAGAUGUCACUGUUCACGAUAGAGACACUGUUCUACAUCUUCUACUCGAUGCCCAAGGACAUCCUGCAGAUAUGCGCAGCGCUGGAGCUGUAUCAUCGCGACUGGAAGUACCACAGAGACGGCAAGGUCUGGCUGAAAAAGGACAACGAUUCAGAGUCGACCGUCACCAACCAGUAUGAGGCAGGCACCUUUGCCCUGUUCGAUGCCAACCAAUGGGAGAUCGUCACCGUCAACAACUUUAUUGUGUACCACGAAACGUUGGAGACCAAGGAGUAUCUGUUGAUGCUGCUCAGCGAGAAUAACCAAUAG